AUGUUUUGUCAAUCUCAUUCGUUUAAUCAACUAACUGCACUUGUUCUUUAUGACUUAUCUUACACAUCUGUCAGUCGCUUCAAAACAGUUAAUACUCGAUACAGUUCACCAUUUAUAUGUAAUUGUAUUCGUGACUUUUGGAUUAUGAUCAUAUAUUUACUUGAUAACAAUCCAAUUGAAACUGAAGAAAGCUCGUUUUGGGACAGUUAUUCAAAGAUAUUGCAAAUUGUAGUAAAAGGAAAUUCUCAGCUGUGCGAAAUUUCCAUUGAUAAUUUGUUAUUGACUGGUCAUUCGCUAGAUUCUAAUGUCUCUACUGAAGCAUCCUUUUGGCUGAUUUCCCAUAUUGCAUCUCUUUAUAAGUAUGAUGUGUUUGGUGCAUUGGAUGAACAGAAAAUAGCAAGAAGUGGUUAUUCUAUAGCCAAGUAUAUAAUUCAUAUUUUACUUUCAGGCAGCUUAAGUGAUAGUGAAAACAUUUUGCGUGGGGUUUUGUGUCAUGUUCUGCAGUUAGUUACCUUAUGGGAACCUAAAGGGGACGUUUUGUUACCUUUUACAGAUUUUUUUAUUAAAAAAGUAGAAAGUGCUUUCUUUCUUCCAGGGGCAGAGAUGAAAAGCCUCUCGUAUCUUUACAGAAAUGCGUUUACUUGGUUUGAUUACAUAAACCAACUUGCAUCAAACCCGAAGGCUGAUAAUAAAAAGACUAGUUUUGAUAUUUUUUUGCAAAUUUUGAUUCUUCAGCUAAAGUUGGACUCUCCCAGGGGGAAUCUUUGGCGUUCUCUUAAAGGAAGAAUCUAUAGCAAGAUUGUUCUGAAAAAAAUGAAAGAGUUAACGGAAAUAGGAUUACAAAAUAUGUUUUCCAUACUUUUAUCAAUAUCUAUAUCUGAACAAUUUGAAGUUUUGACAAAAAUAUGUGAACUUGCUGCAAUGAUUGAAACUACUGCCGAUCACAGAAAGCAAACAAUUGCUUGGAAAGCCAUGUUUGUUUUGAUACAUAUUUGUCAGCAAAAGGGCCAUGAUAUGAAAAAUGUUGUAUCUCAGAGUUCAAAGUUCUUCAAUUCACUUUGUUCUUAUUUUGCUUUAAUCAAGCAAGAUAGCAUGCUUAAAACAAAUGUGAUGAAUUUAUUACUUGUUUAUAUUGAUGGCAUGUGUGAGAUCUUUGAAAGAAGUGAGUCCCUUCGUUUAUUUGAAUAUCAGUUAGUUUCAAAUGGUUUUUCUGAGCUGUUGCCAUCUUGUGGAGCAAGUGAAUUGAAUUAUAUUCUCAGCAUAUUUGUAAGUAUACUUUCUAAAAUUAAAGAUUUAUCAAAAAAGGCAAAUUUUACUGAUGUAAAUACUCAAUGUAUUGGGCUUGUACAAUUAGUUUUUGAAAAUGUUUAUCCCUUCCUUUUGAAAUUUUCUGCAAGUAAUACAGCUUCGUCAAUAGUUUCUGAUAUUGCAUAUGCGCUUACUUCAUUAACUUGCCAAUUUUCUACUUUUUUCUCUGAUUCAGUGCCAACAUUCUCCAAAAUAUUUUCAGUUUUUGUCACUGAAAAGGGCACUAAUUGUGCCGUGAUGUGCCGCUAUUUAUGCUUCGUGCUCGAUGACUCAGAUCUGAUGUCAGAAAUUUGUUUGAAAAUGCAUAAUGCUAAAUUAUUGGUAUUUUAUUCUUGGCUAAAGUGUGCCUUAUAUUUACCUCCUGCAUGCAGUGAUAUGCUGAAUUUUACCAGCAAAGCUCUUCUCCAAAGUGAACUACUAGUGCAUUUUCCUGAAAUCAAGAAUUUAAAUUUUAAGUCUGAUAAUCAUGAAAUUUUAACUCUAAAUUUCUUUCAUUUGAUAGAAGAUUCCUUCAAUAAAUGUAAAAACUUUCAAGAAAAAUGCCAAAUGCGUCAGGUGAUGCACCAAUAUUUCAAGUACUAUACAGAUUAUGCCGUUUCAAAAAUCAAAGCAUCUCCUGAUUCAUCAACGUUAAAUUACGUGUACAAGAUAACUGCUCAGAUUGUGGAAUCUUGUUCUGUUUUACUGCAUAAAAAGUUUAGUGCUGACAGCAUACUACCCCAACUCUUGGAUCAAAUGGCAUUUCCACAUCUAGUGUUUCCUAAAGAUAAAACUGCGCAGUCUGUCAUGUUGUGCUCCAUCAAGGAAUAUGUUCCAUGCUUUCUUAAAGGCCUGUUCAAGCUCGAUUAUCGUAACGAUAAAUGCAUUGAAAGGGAAAUCAAAGAUAUUAUUAUGCUGUAUAUCGGAACUUACAAAGCAUCAAGUAAUCCCUUAGUUAAGUUGUUGAUUGAUAGUACUCUUCACAAACCGAACGGUUUGACGACAGAUGCACUAAAUUUCACAUUGGAUUUAUUGAAAUGCAAUAUUGUUGCCAACAGUAACACCGUCAACACAAAUAGUUUUGAGUUCUGCUUUGAAGUGUUCAAGUUAUGCCCAGCACUUUAUAAGAAAGAUGUAGCAGAUGUUCUGAUAAAAAGUAUUUUUGAUAUGUACAUGAAGUCCAACGAUGCCCAAGGAGAAUUUUUUCGAAAUUUAUUGGGAAGAAUCUUGAGUUACUUCCAAGAGAGUAUUGAAACUACAAUGGGUAAAACAAUACUCAUUCCGCUCUUGGAAUAUUUUGUGACAGAUAAAUUACAAUUAUCAUACAUAAAAGGCUUUCAUUUAUUUGAUUAUUUUAUUGAAAACGUGCCUCAUGUGAUGUCUGAGCUAAUUCCUUUUCUGCUGAAGUCGUCAGAAAUGUUGGAAAAUAGCAGAGGCUCUGGCGAAGAUCUGUUGCUUAGAAACAAUCUUCGUAACUUAAUAGCUAAAUUACAAAAGAAAUUGAUUCUUAAAGGGUAAAGUCUGUCUUUUUGUAAUUAUAGACAUGAAUUUAAAUUUUAAUUUCUGUGCUUAUUGUUUUACAUUUUAUAAACAUUUUAAAUAAAAUUAUAUUAAUGUUUAUGA